UCCACCGAUAGAGUUGUGCGUUGAUUGAGAAGGAACCUUUCUUAAUAAAUCAAAGACAGGUUGCAGAAGUACGUACAUAAUUCCAAAAUGCGUUGUUCGUUAAGGAACUUCGCAAAACUUACAUUCGUCAUUCUGAUGGUGCAUGUCCUUGCAGGGGCAUUUUAUUCAGUAAUUUUUGAAACAAAUCGAAGUGUUAACGAUUCCCAGAAUAUCAAACAGAUGAAAAGAGAGGCACUGAUCAGACUUUUAGAGGAAAGAUAUCGGCCUUGGAAUUCUUCUGCUUGUACCAAGCAAGGUAGAAGAAAACCUAUUCAAUAUAUCGUCAAACAUCACCUUAUCGUGUCCGAGCGUUACAAAACACUCUUCUGUUUCGUUCCUAAAGUAGCAUGUAGCAACUGGAAACGAAUUUUUCACGUUUUAGAUGGACAUUUCAACUCGUCGGAAGAUAUCUCCCACGAAACUUCGCAUGAUUCAGGAAAGUUACGCUUUUUGAGACAUUAUUCAAACGCUACAGUAGUAAAUCACAUGUUAAAAACAUACAAAAAGAUUGCAUUUGUUCGCGAACCUAUGGAGCGAUUUCUGUCAGCCUACCGGAGUAAAUUUGCACCCGUUGAUCCCCCUAGAAGGGGAUUUUACUACAGCACCGGCCUAAACAUCAUCAAAAGGAUGCGGAAGAACUCUACAGGGUUAACUCCACAUUAUCCCACAUUUAAGGAAUUCGCAAAUUUCGCGAUUACUACGCCUGUUAGCUCUCAUGAUGAACACUGGGAUCGUCAGCAUAAUUUAUGCGCUCCGUGUGAUAUAAAUUAUGACUUCGUUGGCUUUUAUGAUAAUAUCAAAGCAGAUGCUGACCUCGCUCUUAUGUUGAUGGGAGCUGAUGAAGAGGUUACAUUUCCAAAUAUCGAAGCUGCACCUGAAGGACAAGGAUCACAAACGAAGAUGAAGACUUUCUAUUCAGGAAUAUCACAAGAAGAAUUUACACGACUGCAGAAUAUCUACGCAAAAGACUAUGACAUUUUUGGAUUCAAAAAGCCCAGUUAUCAAGAAAUAGUGAAUCCCUGAAUUUCUUCAGCAAGAAGGAAAAGGGGAGGCAAACCACAGCAUGAAAAAGGAUUGCUGUUUAAAAUGGCGUACAGCUGUCACAGCUGUACGCCAUUUUAAACAAUGUUUGUUAACAUUGCCAGACACUAAAAUUUUAACCAACACAAACUUGAUAGGAAUUUGAUGAAACCGGUAAGCUCACUCACCUUUGAGACAAAAAAUCACGUCGCAGAUAGAAGUAACUAAUUUUAACAUCUCAUUUCUAAUUGCGAUUUCAGAAAAUUAGAGCAGUUGUCUCCAAUUUGAUUCUUCGUUGGUUUAAAAAAACUCGCCACUCUCUCAACCAAUCAGAUGCAAAACUGAAACCAAAGAGUCUUCGUCAAUGACGUUUUCCCGCGGCUCCUUAUAAUAAUAAUUAUAAUAAUAAUAAUAAUAAUAAUAAUAAUAACAAUAAUAAUAAUAAUUACUUUAUCUAACGAGGGUUACACAAAGCAGUAAAUAUACUAAAGAACCAGUGACCCUCCUUGUGAUAUGGUCUUUAGCAUAGUAGUUUCGUUUUUCUUUGGUCUUUUUCAUAAGUUUUGUGUGCAAAUUAUACCCUUCAAAUUUGAGAAAUAAAAAAAAAUCCAUCGAAGGGGAAAAAGAUAUAGCUAAAAGCGUGCAGGGAGCCCGUUACUUGAGGAUGCAAAUUAUAACCCUGAAAGCAACGAUUCGAGGAAUGUUUUGAGUCGAUGUCGCUAAAAACCGCGUGAUUGUUUCACAAAUUAUAUAUCAAAUUGUUCCAUACGCUCGAGACUUUCUACCUAUCAAGUUUUUUUCAAGUGUGGCUUUAGAAAGGUUGUUUCCAGCUACCUCAAAUUGUACCGCGAACAGAUGAAAGGAUUCGCCUGAUUAGCGCCAGUACGGGCUUAAGUGCGGUAAGCUUGGCCCCCAUAUCUUUUAAAUAUGCUUGGUGACCUAUUUUUUAAAUUGUAUUUUACGAAACAAACGUUGGUAGGAAACAUUUAAGGAGAGUUUAACAAAAUUGGUGGUUAACUUUUUUUUUCUUAGCAAUCACCAUAAGGCGGCUGGUGUUUUUUUUUGGCGACAUUUGAGUUCAUUUUGAAGUAGUCGAAUGGAAUCAAGAAAGAAAUGUUUAUUAUUUUUAUU